AGUGACGUCACUCGAGCAGGAAUGGCGAUGCAGUGGGGUGUUUCGAGUGGGGUUUCUGCAGGGUCUGACAUCCCCCUGACCUCUGAGGAUUGCCCAGGCAGCGAUGAAGAUUCCAAUGAUGCAGUUGAACCAGAUUUUUCAGAAGAGUUUACUAAAAACUGGGAAGUCGCCAUGGAGAAUCCCAGUGACUUCAAUAGCUGGAUCAAGCUGCUGGACUAUGUGGAAAAGGAGAAUAACCUGAAAUCAAGCAGAAGGACUUAUGAUGCUUUUCUCGUGCGGUUCCCAUAUUGUUAUUGCUACUGGAAGAAGUAUGCAGAUCUAGAGUAUAAUUUUAAGAAUCCUACAGUGGUUGAAGAGGUCUAUGGCCGCGCUUUGCAGGCAAUUCCACUCAGCGUAGACCUCUGGAUACAUUAUAUCACGCACUUAAACAACACCUUGGAUAUGACAUUGACAGAAUCUGUGGAGAAACUGCGACGGACGUUUCAGGAAGCAGUUAAUGCUGCAGGGUUGGAGUUUCGUUCAGACAAGCUUUGGAGAAUGUAUGCCGAGUGGGAGAGGGACCAUAAGAACCUCCAAGAGGCCAGAGCUGUGUAUGAUCGUGUACUGAGUAUCCCCACACAGUUCUACCGACAGCACCUUGAGAGCUUUAAGGAUCUUCUUUCCUCUGCGCCCCCUCAUGAAAUCCUUGCAAAAGAGGAGUUACAAUGGAUCCACCGUAAAAUAACAAGUGAGGAAAACGCUCAGAUUGCUGCUGAAGACUCCCCAUCUGGUGAUGAUCAGGAAAUAGCAGUCACAGACCCUGAACUACAGGAAAAAAUUCGGGAUCAAGUUCUAAAGAUACGGGAGCAAUUUUUUUUGCAAAAUGAAGCUGAGGUCAGAAAACGCUGGGAUUUUGAAGAGGCGAUUACUCGCCCUUAUUUUCAUGCAUCUCCACUUGAUCGUGCCCAGCUUCAAAACUGGAGGAGGUAUUUGGAGUUUGAAAACUCUGAGGGCCAGCAUGAACGCGUAGUGACUCUAUACGAGCGUUGCCUAGUGGCCUGUGCACUAUAUGAGGAGUUCUGGCUAUUGUACACCCGCUAUAUGGAAAAACAUUCGGUGGAGGCUACGCGUGCUAUAUUCCAGCGAGCUUGUAAGAUUCAUUUGCCACAGAAACCAACUUUAAAUUUACAGUGGGCAACAUUUGAAGAAAAGCAUGGAAAGGUGGAUUCUGCUCGUGCUAUACUACAAGACCUGGAAACAGCGGUACCUGGUCUGGUAAUGGUACGCCUGAGGAGGGUUAGUGUGGAACGACGGAGUGGCAACCUAGAUGAGGCAGAGCGACUGCUGAUGGAGUCUGUGAGCAGCAGUUCAGGCACCGGUAUGGCAGCAUUUUACUCCAUAAAAUUGUCACGACUACUGCUCAAGCUCCGUGACGAGACCGAGAGGGCAAGAGAGGUACUAACUAAAGCCUUGGAGAAGGAGCCGGAUAAUCCUCGGUUGCACCUCUGUUUGCUGGAAAUGGAAGUUUCCAGAGAUCCCUUACAGGGGGAGGGUAAUGUAAUGCAAUGUGUGGAGCGCGCACUGCACAGUCACGUGCAUAAUGAUGUCAAGAAGGUCAUGUCACAAAGACGCCUUGAAUUCCUUGAAGACCAAGGUUCCAGUUUAUCCAGUCUAUUACAAGCCUAUGAUGAGCACCAAAGGCUGUUGGAUCAGCUGAGAUUCUUGAAGAGGAAAGCAAAGAAUCGAAAAGGUGAAGAUACUGAAGAUAAAAAAUAUAAAACAGAGUCUGUUGCUGUCGUAUCCCAGCCCCAAGUUUGUUCUCCAUUACCUCCUCCACCCUUAUACACUCAACCAAUGCCUGCUAGACCUCAGUAUAGAGGUCAAGUAGGACCACCCUUCAGACCUUCCUCUCCCUACAUGUAUGGACCCUGGUACCAGAAUUUCAGAGGAUACAGCAACCCUAUGCCCUGGAAUACCAACAGAUAUUUUUAUCCCUAAUAAUUCCACUAUGCCACUAGUUUACAAGUAGCAUCAAUGGACGCGUUUGAAAUAUAGAACAACUGAAUCAAGGAAGUCCCAAGAAGAGUGGAUGGUGUGUUCUUCUGAUCCAGUCACACUGACAUGUGGCUAAGUUGCUUUUUAUUUCCUUUUUGUUUUGUUAAAGUAGCACUAUAUGGAGAGAGGACUCCCAUGUGCAAUAGUUUUAUACUGUUCAAUGUUUCAUGGGAUUAACACAAAAGAAAAACUUUAAAGGGACGGGCUGGUCCCCAUUUUUUUUAUGCAUAUUGGACAUCAGUGCUUUCUUUAGUUAUUGGAGUUACAAAAUUAGACUUGUCACGUCUUUCUCAUACUUUUGCUGCCUCUGACACAAGGAAACAUACUCAAGUAUGCUUUCCUGCACAUGUUUCAUCUCACUCCAAUUGAAAUCAAUGGGAGAGCCCAUAGCCAAUCUCAUAUAUGCUAUCUGAAUAUAAGUGUUUAGCUGAA